GGUUGCUGCUCGGCUUUGGCCAGGAGAGUCCGAGGAGCCAAAACACUUUGGAUCACACAUCCGACUCCUCAAAGUGUAGCUAUGUUUGAUAACUCCAACUACCCCUUCAACUGUUUUAACUACGAUGGAGACGGAUACCCUUCCUCCAGCACAGACGAAGAGAAGAAAAUGUGUAGACCCGCUUACAGCUACAUAGCUCUGAUAGCCAUGGCCAUCCAGCAGAGCCCCGAGCAGCGGGUCACUCUGUCGGGCAUCUACGAGUUCAUCAUGAAGAGAUUUCCUUACUACCGCUCCAACCAGAGAGCCUGGCAGAACUCCAUCAGACACAACCUGUCUCUCAACAGCUGCUUCAUCAAGGUUCCUCGGACAGAGGGCAAUGAGAAGGGAAAGGGAAACUACUGGACUUUUGCCACCGGCUGUGAAUCCAUGCUCGACCUUUUUGAAAACGGCAAUUUUCGGCGUCGCCGGCGCAGGAGGAACAUGAAAAUCGUACGUGAUGCAGGAGAAACCCCUUUCCACCCCUUGGAGAGCCACAGCAAUCAGCACGUACCCUCAGGUCGGCACCCGGAACCCGACUCCGCCCUCUGCCCUUUGAACCCUGAGAGGCCGAGGCCGGGCCCCCGGCAAAACCACCUCAUCCCUAACCCCACCCAGCAGGGCAAACCAGAGUCAGAGAUCAAGUUUAGCAUUGACUACAUCCUAUCCACUCCAGAUCCACCCCUGCCUGGGUUCAGAUCCUCCCACGGCCCCGUUCACAUAGGGCCCACAGGGCCUCCCAUACAUGUCCUGGAGCCACAACAUCUGAACCUGCACUUCUGGACUCUGUAAGAAAAGAGGAAAGCAAAGACUGAAUUUAUUCAGUCUAAUUUAUUAUUUGUCUGUGUCCAAAACUGGGAAGCGCUGUAAGGACACCCAAAGACAGAAGAAAAAACUCCACGAGAGGAAUUUUACUGACUUGAAAAGAAUGAAAACGUAAAUGAGGAACAAAGUAUAGAGGUACAGUAUUGUGUGAUGGUCUAGAUGGAAUAAAGUCAAAAGAAAGCAUCAUGCUGACUAAGAACUCAUCCAAAAGAUAAAAUGGGAAGAAUACAGUAAAGCGUUCAUAUUCUCACUAUACUGUAUGUGCAGUGCUGACAUAGACUAGGUUCUCUAUAUGUAUUUACACAGGAGCUGUGAGCACACGUAUGACGUGUUUAAAAAUGCUUUCAAACUCUGAUCGGGCCAAACAAGAGUCACUGGAUUAUCAUCAGAUCAGAACUUGAGAUGGUUUUCCUUCAUAAAAGAAGAAUUUAUUCAGAUGGUUUUCCCUGUUAUUCUUUUGGCCGCCUGUUAAACCUAAAUAUGAUCUAUGUAAUUUCUCAGAUUAAUGACUGAUGAAUGGCAGAUUUAGCUCAUUUCUCCUACCUUAUUUUAGUGAAUGUCAAGACAAAUGAGUUCAGCAGCACAAAGAUCCCCUUCUGAACAGAGGCAACUAUUUCAGUCUGAUAAAAAAAGAAGAUCAUUUCCCUCGUUAAAUAUGUAAUUCUAAAAAUACUAAAAUUCAAUCUUUUCCCUCUCCCUCAUUGAGAAAUCCAGAACUUUUGAAUAUGUCCUACUUCACCGAAAAGUCCAUUCACUCGUAUGUCUGCUGUCCACAUUAGAAAUAUUAAUACAUAUUGGACCAUGAUUGGCUUCCGAGCCACUUGUCACAAAGUCAUUCUUGUACAAUCCCAUCCUCUUUCCUCCUCCAGCAGAUGAAUACAAUAGUGAAGACAACUUUCCAGUGUCAAACUUCGCACAUACGCCAUUCUGCACAGUGAUGCUCAGACGUCCACGUAAAGCAGGAAUAAGGAAAUCACAUUUCUUAUUUUUCUGAAAGUUCUGAAACAAUUUCAACACAAAAAAGCAAAUGAUUUGCCUUCUUUUACAAAGUAGCUUGACAUCCUUGUAGUUUUCCGAAAUUCUAAGUGUAAUAACUGUAUUAUCAAACCACACACAGUAGGAGCAACAAUUAUCAAAAUGUGUUUAUGAGGUUUUCACGUGACGCCUGCAUGCCUUUUCUUUCUUCCUUUUCCAACAAAGUUGACAACAGACCUUGUUGACAUGUCACACUAGGAAAAGCGUGAAAUCAGUGAUGGCUGAAUUCCAUUCAGCUGCUUCGGUUUCAGGGUCCUGUGCAUCCCAAAUCCAUAGAACAUACUUACUCUACAUACUAUACAGUACUGUAUGUACUACAUCAAAGUAUACAGUUUUAGCAGUUAAUGUACUAAAAAAAAUCCAUACUUUACAAUUUAGUACUACAAGGAAAUGGUAUAAGAUGUGCAAUGUUAUCAUUCAGUCAGUAAAACUGUGACUCCAUGCUACAUACUAAUACUAAGCCGGCUUCAGGCUGAACACUUUUAGCACACUAAAAAAAAUCACACGAUCAUGAGUAUGCUGUGGAUGUAGUUCUCCCACAAUGCAAUGCACACACAAAAAUGGAUGAGCUGCUCACAGCAGAAAGAAAUUCAAAUUAUCAUCAUGUAGAUGAUGGUGAUAUCGCCACAGUUCAUCAGAAAACAAAGAACUUGACUCUAUGUUUAAUUGAGAAUGCAUUUAUUAAUUGAGUAUGCUGACUGCAUUAAAACAGCAUACUAUAACAAGUAGUAUAUAGUAUACAUCAGAUUGUAUCAUGUAAUUGCAACAAAGUCAAUGUUUUUUCUCAGGUGUAACACCAGCCCUCACUAUUAUUUUUUUCCAGCUGCUCCAUGUCCUUUGUGCAUUGCAUUGUGGGAGAAUAGUGUCCAUUAACAGUAAAAUAAAAAAAUAAAAAAAAAUCAUAUUUAGCAUGCAUACUGUCUAGUUCAAGUAUAUUUGUCCGUUUUCCAAUGUGAACACACAAACAAACAAAAUCUUAGAAUGUAUGGAGUGUGGAUUUGGGCCCAGCUAUUAAUGCCAUGACUUACUGGGACAUUUGAAUAGAACAGAGCCCCGUUAAUGUAAUGCUUUUGCUACUAUGACAUGUCGGCUGUAAAAAAAUAAAAUGGUGUUUAUUCUAAAUGAUCUCAGUCGUUUCAGACCCACCUUCUGCAAACAUUUUGCUAAUUUUUCCACUGACCUUUUGAAAAUCCUGAUUGACUGACACUUAAAUUCUAAUCCAGUCACUCCUUAUUAUAACAAAUCAUAUUCACGCGCUUUAAAAGAGGCUUAACGAAACAGGGGUCUGGCUAACAUUUCCUUGCCUGUACAAGGGGAGAUCAAUCAUGGCGUGUUCCUGUGCCGUCGAAGGGACAUUUUUCAAUUUAACCUUUAUAUUAUGUCUUGACUACAUCAGAGGAGGGUUUCAACGCACUUAACAUGAGUGGCAUUUAAUAUAGCAUAACACUUGCAAGGUGAGGCCGAGAUGUGACCCUAUUUAAAUACAGAGGCCCCUGCCUAGAACAGCAGUACCUCCCCCAACAAACACACACAAAGCCUUUGACGCAAUUAUAAUUAAACACACCUUUUGCCUCCUUUGCAAAUGCCCCUCAUCGAUCUGUGGGUUUUUAACAUUCAUAUAAGAACUGCCCCCCAGCAAACGUCUGCGACGGCACAAACGUUUAUGGAUCAGCAAGUUUCCAUUAACAAAGUUGUUGAUGUCGAAUAGCGGGGGCUGCUGCUGCCGUGAUGCCGCGGAUAUAUUUGGGUAAAUUAACUUAGCAUAAAGUGCUCCGAGGCUACGGGAGUCCUUCAAGGCAGCUAAAGAGAAAGCAAAGCACCAGUCAGGCCCGAAAAGUCAAUGCACAUAUUAUGUUGUCGGUGAAUAUGUGAGACUGUAGCUACUGGCACAGUGUCCCAAUGAAUGGCCUCCAUUAAAAUAACUCUUAUAAAUGCAUCCGUUUGGUUUCAUUCCUAGUUAAUGCUUCAUACAUCUUGUUUAUAAUUACGUUCGCUGUAAAAAUUCUCGUUUAUGGGAGUGUGGAAAUGUGUUUUGUUUGAGACUUUAUAAAACAUGAGCAGCUCAGGGCGAGAAACAGCAACAUCGCAGGUGGAGGAAAUUGGGAAACCAUUGAUCUGCAACGUUAAUAUAAAGUAAAUCAUAAACACAAAUAGGUCAUUUAAUCCGGAGCGCUUGUUUAUGAUUUCACUGAGGCUGUGGUGAGGAUUAUGGCGAUGAAGAUGAAUAUUAGUGUGUUGUUUUCUUCCUCUGCGGUUGGAGGAGUAUAUGAUGAUGAUGGUAUAGCUACCAGCUAAUGAUGAUCAGUGAAAAACAGCCUGAGGCCUUUGACAUUCACACAUCUGCAGGUAUACAGCCAGUAUGCACUUUAAGGCUAGAAUAUGCUAUUCUUUUUUUUUUUUAAAUGGCUUCAAGUGUUGGUCAGUAAUGAGAAAAUCACCACUGCAUGUCAAUCAAUGGCAGUUGGGAGAUGUGUUUACAUUUGGCCUGUUAGAGGGAUGUCCCUGCUAGGAAUACCAUGAGGGGUUUCACCGCAAAGAAAAUGGAAAAUAGGACAUUUAAUAAAGGAAAGGGCUUGACAUUCAAAUGAAAAUAUAACUCAGAAAUCUGCCAGAUAUCUGUUUUAAUUUGUCAGUUCUCAUUGAACACUUCACCUGUGGUAACGUUUCAGGAAAGGUUCUUAUUAAACACAGUCUAUGGUUCUUACACCAGAGGGCCACGAUUUGACCCCUGACCCAUUGUUUGAUAUCAGCUGCAGCCAAAUACUAGACAACUAACAGUAACACCUUGCAAUACAUAUCAUAUCAAUGCAACAGGCUCAAGCACUGCCAUGUUGAAUCUGACAAAGUCCUGAAAAAAGCUCUGAAGCUUAGAAAUGCCAGUCAGCACUCAGAUAUUUUUACUUUAAAAGUAGCAAUACCACAGAUAAGUAAGGGCGCUGCAUUCAAGUAGUAGUAUAAGUAUUAGCAUCAACAUAUAACUUAACCAAAGUGAAAGUACUCAUUAUGCAGAAUGGUGCAUUUCAAAAUAAUGUGCAAAUAUAUACUUAUUGAUGCAUUAAUGUGUACAUUAGCUGGUAAAGCUGAGCUUUUAAAUACUGUAUUUACUGCUGGGUAGCUUGUGGAUUUACCAUAGUAAUAAUAAUAAUAAUACAUCAUAAUUAUAUUUCUAU